AUUGGCACGGGUUCUUCCUUCUCAUCAUGUCCAUGGGUGCCGGAGAUAGCCAGGACGACGGGGUCUGGAUGAUGACAUCCAGUUUUACCAUUUUCACAAUGACUGCUGGGUUUGGGCUGCUAGAAUCGGGACGAGUAUCACCGAAGGACGAGGUGAACGUAAUGGUGAAAAAUGUGGUGGAUGUGAUUUUUGGAGGUCUCGCCUAUUGGAUGUUUGGCUAUGGAUUCACCUUUGGUCAGAGUUCGGCAAAUCCCUUCAUUGGGAUUGGCGACUACUUCUUCGAUCCAGAACGAGAGGAGCAAAUGUCUACCGAUG